AUGGAGGAGCAGUACAUUUCCAAACUGCACCCGGUAGUGGACUAUGGAGCUGGGGUCUUUCUUCUGAUCGUAGCCAUCCUGACAAUCCUUGGAAAUUCUGCUGUCCUUGCUACAGCAAUGAAACGCUCUUCCCUCCUGAAGUCACCGGAGCUGCUUACAGUCAACCUGGCAGUAGCAGAUAUUGGGAUGGCAGUCAGCAUGUACCCGCUGGCCAUUGCAUCUGCCUGGAACCACGCCUGGCUGGGAGGAGAUGCAUCCUGCGUAUACUAUGCCCUGAUGGGUUUCCUUUUUGGUGUCUGCAGCAUGAUGACGCUGUGUGCCAUGGCUGUGAUUCGUUUCCUUGUUACCAAUUCAUCCAAAUCUAACAGUAACAAAAUCUCUAAGAAUACUGUUCACAUCCUGAUUACUUUCAUCUGGCUCUACUCCCUGCUCUGGGCCAUUCUGCCCUUGGUAGGCUGGGGCUACUACGGCCCCGAGCCAUUUGGCAUCUCUUGUACAAUAGCCUGGAGCAAGUUCCACAGCUCCUCCAAUGGCUUUUCAUUCAUCCUGAGCAUGUUCCUCCUGUGCACAGUCCUGCCUGCUCUGACCAUCGUCGCCUGUUACUUGGGAAUUGCCUGGAAGGUUCAUAAAGCAUACCAAGAAAUCCAGAAUACCAACAGGAUUCCUCACGCAGCUAAACUGGAGAAGAAGCUGACGUUGAUGGCCGUGCUGAUCUCAGUUGGUUUCCUGAGCGCAUGGACGCCGUACGCAGCAGCCAGCUUCUGGUCCAUGUUGAACUCCGGCGACUCCCUGCAGCCCAUCGUCACGCUGCUGCCGUGUCUGUUUGCCAAGUCUUCAACCGCCUACAACCCUUUUAUUUACUACGUCUUCAGCAAAACUUUCCGUCAUGAAAUCAAACAGCUGCAGUGCUGCUGGGGUUGGCGGGUCCAUUUCUUCAGCGCUGAUAACUCUGCGGACAAUUCCGUCUCGAUGAUGUGGAGUGGGAGGGAUAACGUACGUCUCUCCUCCAAUGCAAAGGUGGAGAGGCAGGGAGCUGCGAUGCACUGACGUGCAGCAAUGCUUGCAGCACAUGCGUCAAGAUUCUGACUCACUCGUGGGUCCAAACAAGCAGGAGUGCAGCAUGCGGAGUUGUCACUGAAUAUCUUAUGUCAAAUACUAAAAUUGUAAGUAUAUAUUUUUCAAACUGCUCCCAAUUACUGUUUUUAAAAUGCACAACAACAGCAACGCUAUUUUUUUCACGAAUUUCCACCUUAGAGGAAAUAGAUUUAUGUACUAAACAAGACCAUCAUCACCUUUGGUCGCACGAACAUUCAGGGAAACAGCUAUAAUUAAUUUUAUUUUAUUUUUUUCUUGCUUGUAACUUUUUAAUGCAACCCAUCUGGGGACCCUUAGCUCUGUCAGUAACAGCCAUCAGAGUGAAGAGCAGCCUGAACACAAAGCACUGCCAAAUAAGUACAUCUGAGAAAGCAGCUUUCCUGAAUCACAGAAUGGUUUGGGUUGGAAGGGACCUUGAAACCUAUCCAGUUUCAACCCCAUGGGCAGGGAUAUGUCCCACAGACCAGGCUGCCCAAAGCCCCAUCCAGCCUGGCUUUACAGACAGAAAAACAUACAGGCAGCAAGAAAUAUCCAAUGCCAGGAAGAGGUAAUGAAGUGGUUGUUAUCUACACAUCUGAAAGAGAACAACAAAUACACCCUUAGAGGUGCUGUUCCUGAAAUCACAAAGCAUAAGAAGGAGUCAAGCAGCCUUGGUCUGAGGAGGUUAGGUAGCAGCCUUCUGUAUGUCACAGACAGCAGCAUGAGAUCUGAAGGACCCUCUUGGCAAAGGGAAUUGUGCUCUUAGGUUGUUGACGGCUGAUAUCUCUUCUACCAUUUGUUUCCUGGAGAAGAUAUGUUAUGGUUGGGAACGGCAUGGCAAAAGAUGUUGCCAGGAUUACCUGCCUGGCAGGAACUGAUCCCUAGCUUGAAGGAAAGUCAGUUCACCUGAGUAUUUUGUCUCCUUAAAGGGCCUCGUACAAAUAGUCCAUGCUGAGUGAGAGAACCAUUCCUUCCCUAGACUCAUGAUUUCAUUUUUCAACCUUAAUACGACAGGAGAGAACUGAUAUAUGUUAGCAAGUCCCAAUCCAGAGCUUUAAAGAGCCCUCCUUCAAGCAUAUAAAGAUUCCAGUUGAAGGUGGGAAUUUAAUUUGCUGAACUCGAAAGGAACAAGAUGCAGAUUUUGAAGAUGAUUUGAGUUUUAAAAAUCAAGGAGUCAAUACAGCAAACAUAGGUAAUGGCUGAUAUUACCUGUGAGCAGAGAAACAGCAAGAAAAGAAUAAAAAUAGUGUCAUCAUAACAAAGGAUUUCUUUCAGUUCCUUCUAGAGGGGAGGCAAAAAUGGUGAGAGCUGAGGAUGAAUUUACCUAGGGAAAGCCUAGCUGUUAAAUAAACAGCUAUAGCAAGAACAACACUGGACAAAGGUACAGCAUUAAGUGAGAAUGAUCACUGAGAGGAACUUCACAACUGGUGGCCCUCAGGGGUCGGUCUUGGGGCCAGUGGUCUUCAACAUCUUCACCAAUGACAGACAGUGUCACUGAGUGCACCCUCAGCAAGUUUGCAGGUGACACCAAGGUGAGACACUGGAGGGAAGGGAAGCCAUCCAGAGGGACAGGCUGGAGGGGGGCGCCACGUGAACCUGAUGAGGUUCAAUAAGGCCAAGUGCAGGGAGCUGCACUUGGUUUGAGGCAAUCCCAGGUGUUUAUACAGACUGGGAGAAGAACCCUCUGAGAUCAGCCCUGCAGAGGACUGGGGGUCCUGAUGGAUGAGAAGCUGGCCAUGAGGCAGCAGUGUGUGCCUGCAGCCCGAAGGCUAGCUGUGUUCUGGGCUGCAUUAAAAAGGGGCGGCCAGCAGGAACAGGGAGGUGAUCGUCCCCCUCUGCUCGGCUCUUGUGAGGCCCCAUCUGCAGUGCUGUGUCCAGGCCUGGGGCCCCAGCACAGGAAGGACGUGGAGCUCUGGGAGCGGGUCCAGAGGAGGCACUGAGAUGUCAGAGGGCUGGAGCAGCUCUGCUGUGAGGAAAGGUUGAGGGAACUGGGCCUGUUGAGCUUGGAGAAGAGAAGGCUGCAGGGAGACCUCAUGGUGGCCUUCCAGUGCUUGAAGGGAGCGGAUAAACAGGAGGGGGAACGGCUGUUUGUGAGGGUGGAUGGUGAUGGGACAAGGGGAAUGGUUUUAAAGUGAGACAGGGGAGGUUUGGGUUGGAUAUGAGGAGGAAGUUUUUCCCCCAGAGGGUGGUGAGGCACUGGCACAGGUUGCCCAAGGAGGCUGUGGAUGCCCCAUCCCUGCAGGCAUUCAAGGCCAGGCUGGAUGUGGCUCUGGGCAGCCUGGGCUGCUGGUUGGCGACCUGCACACAGCAGGGGUUGGAAUGAGACAAUCAUUGUGGUCCUUUUCAACCCAGUCUGUUCUUUGAUUCUAUGAUUUAUUUGAGAAAAAGUGAAGCACAGGAGCAAUGAUGUAGGCAAAAGGUGCACAGCUGCUCCUAUAUUGGUUACUGCCAGAUACAACAUUACUGUCUUAUUAAACAAACCAUGAACUUAGAAAAACUAUGUUUUAUCUACUUACUUAUUUCUAAAGUGAACUGAGUCUGAUUAACAUUAACACCAAAGUGCUGCUUAAGUCAAUCACAUCUCUGCUGAACUUUAGUAAUUUUGCCUGAAGACUCCCAUGCCUGCCAAAUAUAUGAUUCCAAAAUUCAGAUGGUUAUCUGGAUGCAAAAGAGGUCAACCAAAGAGCUUGAGCUGAUAUUUUAUUUAUCAGUGUAUCUAAAAAACAAAAAAACAAACCAACAGCAAACCCACCUCCUGAAUUCCCUUGAUUCCUUGAAUUAAUAGUUUCAGAGAUAAUUUUUUUUUUUUGUGGGUAAA